AUGGAAGACUUACAGUCAAUCUCAGCCGUUGAAUAAACUACUUUCUGUGUGGAAAUGAUGAAACGACUCAACAUUCAGCGAAAACAAGAUUAUUUGUCCGACAUCACUUUGGUUUCGAGAGACAACAUAGAAUUUAAGGCUCAUAGAAAUGUGCUUUCCACCGCAAGUCCUCCGUACUUUGACAAACUUCUUCAGAGCAACAUGAAAGAGAAUCGAGAAGGUAUUGUUCGAUUUGAGGAGAUCUCAGGAUCUGUUGUGGAAGAUGUUUUGGAAUUCAUCUACACUGGAACUGUGGAUGUGACUCAAGAGAAUGCCGAGGAACUGAUCGCCGCAGGGAAUUAUCUGAUCAUUCCGGGCUUGAAAACAGCUAGCGGACGGUUUUUGGAACGAGAAAUGUCGAACAUAAACUGUAUUUCAACCUUUUACCUUGCUGAGAAAUAUGAGUGUGACGAGCUUAUCACCAACAGCGGGCGUUUUAUUCACGAAAACAUCGUUACCGUGGCAAAGCUAGAUGAAUUUUUGCUCUUGGAUGCUAAAGAGAUCGAGAGGUGGAUUUCGUCCGACGAGAUUACAGUCAAGGAGGAAGCUGAUGUUUUUAAAAUCACAUUAGACUGGGUAAACCACAGAAAGAGUGAGCGAAAAAGUGCAUUUGAAGAACUGUUUGGUCAUGUUCGACUCGGUUUUCUGUCGCAUGACUCUCUGGAGGAUGUCGUGACAAACGAACUGGUGCGUGAGAAUUCGGCUUGUGUGAAGCUGGUCAUGGAUGCUGCCAUGAAGAUGGCUACCUUUGUUGAUGAAGAUCAUCUCCCGCAGUCACCAAGGAAAGGACAGGAAACACGUGUUAUUGUAGCACGUGGUGGCAAGUACACUUUUUGUUAUAUUCCUGAAGAAGACCUGUGGAGGCGUUUACCAGAUGGUCUGAAGGACAAAAAAGCUAGUUCAAAUCAGAUGAUAAAAUUCCGUGAUCAGUUGUUCUGCUUCGGCAGAUAUGAAGAUACAGAGAGAUACGAUCCUACUUUUAACGUUUGGUCCGAGCUAAACUUGUACAGGAAUUCAACAAAGUUGGUCGUUCUUAAAGGAGAAAUUUAUGCUGUUAAAGUUGAAAGCAGGAAUACUAUUAUGGAGAAGUACAAUGCGAAACGAUACAAUGUGGAGCUUUGUACAUGGCAAACAGUUGUGGAAUCUCCCCAAGGCUGCAGGAACAGUUGCUGCGUUAUUGCAGGUGGCAGUUAUCUGUAUCUUUUAGGUGGAUCGGUCCCUGGCAAUGCUAGUUAUGUCUCUAAAGCUGAGAGAUUCAACAUUGCGGAAACCCAUUGGGAGGAAAUCGCUGAUAUGCAACAAGGAAGAGGUGGUGCCUUUGGAGUGGCAAGUGAAGGAAAGAUUUUUGUCGCUGGAGGCUUAAACGAAAAGAACAAGGUGACAAAAAAAUGCGAGAUGUACAAUGUCUCUACCAACGAAUGGCACUUCAUUGGAAGCUUAAACACUUGGCGUGUGUAUGGCAGCAUGGUAUGUCUGAGUGGAACAUGCUAUGUACUGGGUGGCACCAAGAAUAAUAGGGAUAGAUUACUAUCAGUUGAAUGUUACGACUCUACAGAAGACAAGUGGAUUGAGAAGAUAUCCAUACCAGUCGAAAGGUACUCAACUGAAAAUAAGGACACAUUCACUGGAUGUGUAAUGAAGCUCUCUAAAGGAGUACUUGCAAAAUCUGACUCUAUCAAGGAAAAGCCCAUCGGCUCUUUAUUUGGCGAGCCGGGCACCACGUCAUCUCGCCACGGCACCUUGAAAAAUUUCCCCUCAGCCCCUACCACUGGCUUCAGCUUUGCCACCCCCUUGGGCCUUAGCGCCCCCACGGGCACUAGCGCCUUCAACUUUGGCAGCAUUCAGUCAAACCAGCAUGCCGCGGCUCCUGUUCCUGUAUUUGAGUUGUCUGAUGAUGAUGACUGACUGACUAAGCUUCGAUACAAUCCCCUUUAAUUUGCUUCAAGGAGACAGUUAAAAGUUUUUCUUGCGAGUGUUCAAACUUAAGAAAUGUUCAAACUGUUUCGUAGUCAGUGGACAAGGGACAAAACAAUAAGACAUCUUACACGUCAUGGUCACGUGAUAUCCCGUGUGUGAUUUCACUACAGUUGUUCGACAGUAAAACAUAAUCUUGCAUGUUAAAAAAAUAUAGUCUUGUAUAAGUAGCACACAGAUUUACUAAUAACAAGAUUCUUCAAUAAAUGUAAAGGAGGAUGCGCAAUGCAGAAAGCCGCUACAAGUUCAAUUUCAUUGUUGCUCAUAGUUAUAAUUUUCUUCUUGAUUGUUCCAUAUCACCAUGAAACUUCAGAUUCCAAUGACCUUUUAUACUUUUUAUAGUUUGGAGACUCGGCGAUGUAAUUUUCGAUCUUUAAGUCCUCAUUAACUCAAGAGAUUUCUUUAAAAAAACAAUCAGUUUUCUGUAAAUUAUUUAUAUUGUAUAGACAAGACACAUUCAUUUGAAGGACGACGCGUAUUUUCGUUUUAUAACGAGCAAAUGCAAGAGGAAUGAUAAUUUUUUACGAUUAAUUAAUAAGCCUUAGAUGAUUUUUGUGUUAUAAGACAGUAAUUAGUGAGUAAGCUGUUCCACAAUGAAAACAAAGGGUGUUACUUUCAA